AUGUGUUGUGUUCAUACAUUGCGAUUAGGGGUUUUAUGUCUUUUAACAUGGCUGAGUGUCGCAUAUGCAACUCUUUCUCCUUCUGGUGUCAAUUAUGAAGUUGUAGCUCUAAUGGCUAUAAAAGGCGAUCUAAAAGACCCACGAAAUAUCAUGGACAAUUGGGAUUUAUCUUCUGUAGAUCCUUGUAGUUGGAGGAUGGUUACUUGCAACCUUGAUCGCUCUGUAUCUGCUUUAGGGCUACCUAGUCAAAACUUAUCCGGGACAUUAUCGUCAGCAAUAGGAAAUCUUAGUAACUUGCAAUCUAUCACACUACAGAAUAAUGCAAUCUUUGGGCCUAUUCCGGAUUCAAUUGGAAAGCUUCAGAAGCUUCAAACUCUUGAUCUAUCAGGAAACAUGUUCAAUGGUCAGCUUCCUAGUUCUCUAGGGGACCUCAACAGCCUUAAUUUUUUGCGUCUGAACAACAACAGUCUUUCUGGCCCUGUUCCUCAAUCUUUAUCCCAAGUUGAAGGCCUCACUCUUGUAGAUGUGUCCUAUAACAAUCUGACUGGUCCUUUGCCAAAACUAUCAGCAAGAACUUUUAGAAUCAUAGGAAACCCUUUACUUUGUGGGCAAAAUUCUGUAAAUAAUUGUUCAAAUAUUUACCCCGAGCCUCUCUCUUUCCCACCAGAUGGUUUCACAGACCAAUCUUCAUCAAAUGACAAAACUCGUCAUUUGGCUGUUGCUCUUGGGACAAGCCUCAGUGGCAUUUUUGUAAUAAUCUUGAUUGUCGCGAUGCUCAUUUGGUGGCGAUACAGGAAAAAUCAACAGAUAUUCUUUGAUGUUAAUGAUCAAUAUGAUCCUGAGGUAUGUUUGGGUCAUUUAAGGAGGUAUACAUUUAAGGAGCUUCGGGCAGCUACUGACCAUUUUAACGCGAAGAAUAUAUUAGGGAGGGGCGGAUAUGGAAUUGUUUAUAAAGGGACAUUGAAUGAUGGGACAAUAGUGGCUGUUAAAAGGUUGAAGGAUAGUAAUACUUUUGGGGGUGAAAUCCAAUUUCAAACUGAAGUUGAAACAAUAAGUUUGGCUGUUCAUCGUAACCUGUUACGGCUUUGGGGGUUUUGCUCAACUGAAAAUGAACGCCUUUUAGUCUAUCCAUUUAUGCCCAAUGGCAGUGUGGCAUCUCGAUUAAAAGAUAAUAUGGAGGGAAGACCGGUAUUGGACUGGUCAAGGAGAAAAAACAUAGCACUAGGAACGGCAAGAGAUGAAGAUUUUGAAGCGGUUGUUGGUGAUUUUGGGCUGGCAAAGUUGUUAGAUCACCGUGAUUCCCAUGUCACAACCGCCAUCCGUGGCACUGUGGGCCACAUCGCCCCCGAGUAUCUUUCAACCGGUCAAUCCUCAUCAAAGACUGAUGUUUUCGGUUUUGGCAUCCUACUUCUUGAAUUGAUAACCGGACAGAAAGCUUUAGAUUUUGGAAGAGCUGCCAAUCAGAAAGGCGUAAUGCUAGAUUGGGUAAAGAAGCUUCAUCAAGAAGGGAAGCUAAACCUAAUGGUGGACAAAGCAUUGAACAAUGAUUUUGAUCGAGUGGAGUUGCAAGAAAUGAUUCAAGUUGCACUCCUGUGUACUCAAUUUAACCCUAGUUAUCGGCCAAAGAUGUCGGAAGUGUUGCGGAUGUUGGAAGGUGAAGGGUUGGUUGAAAGAUGGGAAGCGUCACAAAGAGUUGAGACCCCACGAUUCAGGGGUUUAGAAGGGAUUCCACAAAGAUAUUCGGAUUAUAUAGAAGAAUCUUCACUUGUAGUUGAAGCAAUGGAGCUUUCUGGUCCAAGAUGACAUGAAUGUUUCGGUGUUAUAUAUAUAUGUGAGUUUUUGUGUGGUUGUGGAUAUUUGUUGAAUGGAUGUGUAAAAAGGGUAGAGGGAAUCUUGUGUUUGUUUAUGAUGGAAUGAAGUUUGAUGCAGAAGUGAAAUUGAGCAAAUAGCAAAUGUAUAUCUUUUAUUCUUUUUUCCAAAAGCGAU